AUGAACCUCUAAGAAACGCCAAAGCUUUCAAUUUAUUCUUCAAUGCGACAUCGAUUUCGGUUAGCGUCACCCCUUCAUUCUUCGCCUAUAAAAUGGGGAUUUGUGUUGGUUGCUUGAGCAAGAACACUCCCGAUCCCCACCAUUGUCCUUCCCCAAAUCCACACAUCUCCUCUUCCAACAAUCCGCCCGAUUGUGUAAAUUCCGGCAUGGCUCUGCGACUGCCCUAUGGCCACGUGGAUUCCGCCUUGCGCGCUUUGGCCGGCCAAGCUGAGGGCUUCGGUCGCCUCGCCGUCGGCGGCCUCAACGGCGCCGUUUACUGCGUCACCACACUCGCUGACGACGGACCAGGUUCGCUACGGUAUGGCUGCCGUAAGCAGGAGCCUCUGUGGAUUGUCUUUGAAGUUUCGGGAACAAUUGAGCUGUCGUCUUAUCUGAAUGUAUCCUCUUACAAAACCAUCGACGGUCGGGGUCAGAGGAUUCGGCUCACCGGGAAAGGUUUAAGGUUGAAGGAAUGCGAGAAUGUAAUUAUCUGCAAUCUAGUAUUCGAAGGGGGCAGGGGACAUGACGUUGACGGGAUUCAGAUAAAGCCGAAAUCAAAGCAUAUAUGGAUAGAUCGUUGCAGCUUGAGUGACUAUGAUGAUGGUUUGAUUGAUAUCACCCGGGAGAGCACCGACAUUACUGUUUCUCGGUGUCACUUUAUGAAUCACGACAAGACUAUGCUAAUUGGUGCUGAUUCGUCCCACGUAGGGGAUAGAUGCAUACGGGUUACGAUCCACCAUUGUUUUUUCGACGGGACUCGGCAGCGACACCCGCGCGUCAGGUUCGGGAAGGUUCAUUUGUACAAUAAUUACACUCGUGGUUGGGGGGUUUACGCUGUUUGUGCUAGUGUCGAAUCUCAGAUAUACUCGCAGUGCAACAUAUAUGAAGCCGAACAUAAGAAAGUAGCCUUCAAAUACUACACGGAAAAGGCUGGUGAUAAGGACUUGGAAUGCACGGGGCAUGUAAAAUCCGAAGGAGAUAUGUUUACCAGCGCAACUCAACCGGGAUUAAUGGCCCUCCCGAACGAUUCGUGUGUGUUCCAUCCGAGCGAAUACUAUGAGACUUGGACAGUCGAAGCCCCGAGCGAAAAUCUGAAACGAGUUCUUCAGCAUUGUGCCGGUUGGCAAAAUGUCGCGCGCCCUGCGGACCUUCCUAUUUAUUAGCUUCGCGUAUAAUUUGUUCGCACAUCCGUCAGACCGUCGUCAUCGUUGUUUCUUGUGUGCAUUCUUUCGUAUCUAUGUUGUUCUUGAGGAGCCAUCCUUAAUAGCUGUUUGAGGAUCGUCUUGUGCUGGUGCUCUAUUUAAUCUUUCUGAAAUUUUUUAUGCUGAGAAUAAGAAGUGUGAUUGUGUUUGUGUUGAUUGA